CAGCACAAAAUCAUAUAAGUUAGUUGCAUACUUAAAAUACUUUUGCAGAGCCAAAAAUUUAUCGAGCAAAAUGGAAAUCGAUUUAUCAAUGUUCGAGCACUUGGAUUCGGAAUUCUCACCGCAAUCUUCAUUCGGCUCGAACUCGUUCUCCUGGGACGACAUGCAAUCGACCAAUUUCCUUCCGUUCAAUUUUAACGACUCCGAAGAAAUGCUCCUUUUCGGGGUCCUGUCACAAGCGCCAAUAGAAAACUCAUCCGAAGAAAUGAAGGAUGACGAGGUGAACUCGAAAGUGCAAAAAAAUAUCGAAAUUCUCCCCAAGGAAGAAAAACCGUACAGGGGCGUCCGUAGACGUCCCUGGGGCAAAUUUGCCGCGGAAAUAAGAGACUCUACACGAAAUGGAGUGAGGGUAUGGCUUGGUACAUUUGAUAGUGCAGAACAAGCUGCUUUAGCUUAUGAUCAAGCUGCUUUUUCGAUGCGGGGUUCUUCUGCUAUUCUUAAUUUUCCAGUAGAAAGAGUUCAAGAAUCGUUACUGGAGAUGAAACAUAGCUGUGAGGCCGGGUGUUCACCUGUGGUUGCACUAAAGGAAAGACAUACAAUGAGAAAAACAAGUGUAAAUAAGAAAAGUAAAAUCAUUAGCAAACAACAAAAAGAGGUGAAAAUUGAGAAUGUUGUUGUGCUGGAGGACUUGGGUGCAGAUUAUUUGGAAGAGCUUUUGAGCUUGACGGACAAUGCUACCCCUUGGUGAAAUCAGGAAACAAGAUUAUUUUUUGAUUUCUUGGGAUUUUAUUGUUUUUAAUGUACCACUUAUUAUUUUGUUUUAGUUCCGUGUAUAUAUAGAUGUUUUUGAGUUUUUUACAUCUGUUAUGCGAUCAAUAAAACUAAUGGAUGAGAUUAUAUUAAUAAAUGUUGCUCUUAUUUUCUUCA